CUUUUUAUAACUAUGAUGCUAGGGGAGCAGAUGAACUGUCCCUACAAAUAGGAGACACUGUGCACAUCCUAGAAACUUACGAAGGGUGGUACAGAGGCUACACCUUAAGGAAAAAGUCUAAGAAGGGUAUAUUUCCUGCUUCAUAUAUCCAUCUUAAAGAAGCAAUUGUUGAAGGAAAAGGGCAACAUGAAACUGUCAUCCCAGGGGACCUCCCCCUCAUACAGGAAGUCACCACAACCCUGCGAGAGUGGUCCACCAUCUGGAGGCAACUUUAUGUGCAAGAUAACCGAGAGAUGUUUCGAAGUGUGCGACACAUGAUCUAUGAUCUUAUUGAGUGGCGGUCACAGAUCCUUUCUGGAACCCUGCCCCAGGAUGAGCUCAAAGAGCUGAAGAAGAAGGUCACAGCCAAAAUUGAUUAUGGAAACAGAAUUCUUGAUUUGGACCUGGUGGUGCGGGAUGAAGAUGGAAACAUUUUGGAUCCAGAACUGACCAGCACCAUUAGUCUCUUCCGAGCACACGAGGUAGCUUCUAAACAAGUGGAGGAACGACUGCAGGAAGAGAAAUCUCAAAAGCAGAAUAUGGACAUCAACAGACAGGCAAAGUUCGCAGCAACCCCGUCUCUGGCCUUGUUUAUUAACCUCAAAAAUGUGGUUUGUAAAAUAGGAGAAGAUGCUGAAGUCCUCAUGUCUCUUUAUGACCCCAUGGAGUCCAAAUUCAUCAGUGAAAACUACCUGGUCCGUUGGCCAAGUUCAGGAUUACCAAAAGAUAUCGAUCGAUUACAUAACUUGCGCGCUGUGUUUACGGAUCUUGGGAGCAAAGACCUGAAAAGGGAGAAAAUCAGUUUCGUCUGCCAGAUUGUCCGAGUUGGUCGCAUGGAGCUGAGGGACAGCAACACCAGGAAGCUGACUUCUGGGCUGAGGCGACCUUUUGGCGUGGCUGUGAUGGAUGUAACAGACAUAAUAAAUGGAAAAGUAGAUGAUGAAGAUAAACAACACUUCAUUCCUUUCCAGCCGCUCGCGUUGGACGACGCCAUUCGACACAAGCCGCUGAACAUGUCAUCCCGUUUCUCACCCAGGGUGGCAGGGGAGAAUGACUUCCUUCAAACUGUCAUAAACAAAGUCAUUGCAGCCAAAGAAGUCAACCACAAGGGGCAAGGUUUGUGGGUAACCUUGAAAUUACUUCGAGACAUACAUCAGAUUCGGAAGGAGUUUCCUCACUUGGUGGACAGGACCACAGCUGUGGCCCGCAAGACAGGGUUUCCAGAGAUUAUUAUGCCAGGUGAUGUUCGAAAUGAUAUCUAUGUGACGUUAGUUCAAGGGGACUUUGAUAAAGGCAGUAAAACGACUGCGAAGAAUGUGGAGGUGACGGUGUCUGUCUAUGAUGAAGAUGGGAAGCGAUUGGAGCAUGUGAUUUUCCCUGGUGCUGGUGAUGAGGCGAUCUCGGAGUACAAAUCAGUGAUUUAUUACCAAGUGAAGCAGCCUCGCUGGUUUGAGACUCUUAAGGUGGCCAUCCCCAUUGAGGAUGUGAACCGGAGUCACCUUCGAUUUACCUUCCGACAUAGGUCCUCGCAGGACUCUAAGGAUAAAUCAGAGAAAAUCUUCGCAUUGGCCUUUGUGAAGCUGAUGAGAUAUGAUGGGACCACGCUGAGAGACGGGGAGCAUGACCUUAUUGUCUACAAGGCCGAAGCCAAAAAGCUGGAAGAUGCAGCCACAUACUUGAGCCUCCCUUCUACCAAGGCGGAGUUGGAAGAAAAGGGCCACUCGGCCACAGGCAAGGGCAUGCAGAGUCUUGGGAGUUGCACCAUCAGCAAGGACUCUUUCCAGAUCUCCACACUGGUGUGUUCCACCAAACUGACCCAGAAUGUGGACCUCCUGGGGCUGCUGAAGUGGAGAUCCAACACCAACCUUCUACAGCAGAACUUAAGACAGUUGAUGAAGGUGGACGGUGGUGAGGUGGUAAAGUUCCUGCAGGACACCUUGGAUGCUCUCUUCAACAUCAUGAUGGAGAACUCUGAGAGUGAGACGUUUGAUACUUUGGUGUUUGAUGCUCUGGUCUUUAUCAUUGGACUAAUCGCGGAUAGGAAAUUUCAGCAUUUUAAUCCUGUUUUGGAGACUUACAUCAAGAAACACUUCAGUGCAACCUUGGCUUACACGAAGCUGACCAAGGUGUUACGGACCUACGUAGCCAGUGCUGAGAAGCCAGGAGUCAAUGAGCAGCUGUACAAAGCCAUAAAAGCCUUGGAGUACAUCUUCAAGUUCAUUGUGCGCUCACGGGUAUUGUUCAACCAGCUUUAUGAAAACAAGGGGGAGGCCGAGUUCGUGGAGUCCUUGUUGCAGCUGUUCCAGUCCAUCAACGAUAUGAUGAGCAGCAUAUCAGAGCUCACAGUCAGGGUGAAGGAGGCAGCACUGAAGUACUUGCCAACGAUCGUCAAUGAUGUGAAGUUGGUGUUUGAUCCCAAGGAGCUCAGCAAAAUGUUCACGGAAUUCAUCCUGAAUGUUCCCGCGGGCUUGCUGACUGUCCAGAAGCUCUACUGCUUGAUUGAGAUUGUUCAUAGUGAUCUCUUCACACAGCAUGACUGCCGAGAGAUCCUGCUCCCCAUGAUGACAGACCAGCUCAAGUACCACUUGGAGAGGCAGGAGGACCUGGAGGCAUGCUGCCAGCUGCUCAGCAACAUCCUGGAGGUGCUCUACAGGAAGGAUGUGGGGCCGACUCAGAGGCAUGUCCAGAUCAUCAUGGAGAAACUUCUCAGGACGGUGAACCGGACAGUCAUUUCCAUGGGGCGGGAUUCAGAACUCAUCGGUAACUUUGUGGCUUGCAUGACAGCUAUUUUACGGCAGAUGGAAGACUACCAUUACGCCCACCUGAUCAAGACCUUUGGGAAAAUGAGGACAGAUGUCGUGGAUUUUCUGAUGGAGACAUUCAUCAUGUUUAAGAACCUCAUUGGGAAGAACGUCUACCCCUUUGACUGGGUGAUAAUGAACACCAUGCAGAACAAAGUCUUCCUGCGUGCAAUUAAUCAGUAUGCAGAUAUGCUGAACAAGAAAUUUCUGGAUCAAGCCAACUUUGAGCUGCAGCUGUGGAACAACUAUUUUCACCUAGCUGUGGCUUUCCUCACUCAAGAGUCCCUGCAGCUGGAGAAUUUUUCAAGUGCUAAGAGAGCCAAAAUCUUCAACAAGUAA